CGCUGCUGCAGAAACACACACAGCCAGAGAAAGGAGGUCAUUGCAAGCAAAGGGGGGAAACCUGCACCAGAGCUUUUACCUUCCUUGAUAAGGAUGUACCCGUACCACCAGGAACAGUCUUUCUAGACGUCCAAGUUGGUAAAAUGAUAAGGAAUUUCAGUCAGCACGUGUUUCUGUGUCUCUUCUGAUUCCUGAAGGAUGGAUAUUUAUGAGAAGCUGCUAAACAGCAUGUGGAACUCUCUGAUUGUUUUAGAGUUGUGAAUAACCUUUGAAAGAUUUGUUAAAAGAAUAAAGAGGAACCUCUAUGGGUAACUUUUGGCUGGAAGAUAUUCUUGGUCAACCAUGGUAAAACUUGCAAACCCACUUUAUACAGAGUGGAUUCUUGAGGCUAUACAAAAGGUUAAAAAGCAAAAGCAAAGGCCAUCUGAAGAAAGAAUUUGUCAUGCUGUGUGCGCUUCACAUGGAUUAGAUAAGAAAACUGUUUCAGAACAGUUGGAACUAAGUGUUCAAGAUGGCUCUAUUCUUAAAGUUACCAACAAAGGCCUUGCAUCCUACAAGGACCCAGAUAAUCCUGGGCGGCUUUCAUCUGUUAAACCUGGCACUCUUCCUAAAUCUGUUAAGGGAUCUAGAGGAGCCUCUAAUGAGCUUCGUAAUGUGGAUUGGAAUAAACUAUUGAGAAGAGCAAUCGAAGGGCUUCAGGAACCAAAUGGCUCCUCUCUGAAAAACAUAGAGAAAUAUUUGAGAAGUCAAAAUGACCUAGCAAGUAUUUUCAACAACCCUGUCUUUCAGCAGAGAUUACGGUUGGGGGCCAAGCGUGCUGUAAAUAAUGGGAGGUUACUGAAGGAUGGACCUCAAUAUAGGGUGAAUUAUGGUAGUUUGGACAGUAAAGGAACUCCAAAAUAUUCCAGUGCUUUCCCAGCUUCUCUUCCACCUGUAAGCCUUCUACCCCAUGAAAAAGACCAGCCACGAGCUGAUCCCAUUCCAAUAUGUAGUUUCUGUUUGGGGACUAAAGAAUCAAAUCGUGAAAAAAAACCAGAAGAACUGCUCUCCUGCGCAGACUGUGGCAGCAGCGGGCAUCCAUCAUGUUUGAAAUUUUGUCCUGAGUUAACAGCAAAUGUAAAGGCCUUAAGAUGGCAGUGUAUCGAAUGCAAGACGUGCAGUGCAUGUAGAAUCCAAGGCAAAAAUGCAGAUAACAUGCUCUUCUGUGAUUCUUGCGAUAGAGGGUUCCACAUGGAAUGCUGUGACCCACCACUUUCCCGAAUGCCUAAAGGGAUGUGGAUUUGCCAGGUCUGCAGACCAAAGAAGAAGGGAAGAAAGCUACUUCACGAGAAAGCUGCGCAAAUAAGACGACGAUAUGCAAAACCUAUUGGACGACCGAAAAAUAAACUAAAGCAACGAAUGUUGUCUGUAACCAGUGAUGAAGGAUCCAUGAAUGCAUUCACAGGAAGGGGGUCACCUGAUACAGAAAUCAAAAUAAGCAUCAAACAAGAAAAUACAGAUGUAAUUCUGGUGGGGAGCAAGGAAAUUGUUACAGAGGAGGAUGUGGAAGUUUUUAAGCAGGCUCGGGAACUUUCUCUGGAGAAAAUUGGAUGUAAAAACAGCAGUGAAACAAAUGGCCGGUACCCUUCAGUGAUAGAAUUCGGGAAGUAUGAGAUCCAGACCUGGUACUCUUCACCUUAUCCGCAGGAAUAUGCAAGACUAUCAAAGCUUUACCUGUGUGAAUUCUGUCUUAAAUAUAUGAAAAGUAAAAACAUUUUGCUAAGACACUCAAAGAAGUGUGGUUGGUUCCAUCCUCCAGCCAAUGAAAUCUACAGAAGAAAUGAUCUUUCAGUAUUUGAGGAAAAGCUUUGCCAGCAGAAGUACAAUGUCUCCUGCAUAAUGAUCAUGCCCCAAUAUCAAAGGCAAGGAUUUGGAAGGUUUCUCAUUGAUUUCAGUUAUUUACUUUCUAGAAGAGAGGGACAAGCAGGGUCCCCUGAAAAGCCGCUGUCUGAUCUGGGUCGUCUCUCAUACUUAGCCUACUGGAAAAGCGUCAUAUUAGAAUACCUUUAUUGCCACCAUGAAAAACAUAUCAGCAUCAAGGGAAUGAGCCGAGCCACUGGAAUGUGUCCACAUGAUAUUGCUACAACCCUGCAGCAGCACAGCAUGAUAGACAGGAGGGAAGACAGAUUUGUAAUAAUUAGAAGGGAAAAACUGAUCUCAAGCCACAUGGAGAAACUAAAAGCGAAUCCACGCGUCAAUGAAGUAGACCCUGAAAGUUUGAGAUGGACUCCACUGCUUGUUUCUAAUGCUGCGGUUUCUGAAGAAGAGAGGGAAGCUGAAAAAGAGGCUGAGCGUCUGAUGGAACAGGCUAGCUGCUGGGAAAAGGAAGAGCAAGAAAUAUUCUCCACAAGAACUAAUAGUAGGCAAUCACCUGCAAAAGUACAAUCUAAAAAUAAAUACUUGCGAUCUCCAGAGAGUAUGGCAGUGGUUGGAGAGCGAGGGCAAUCCACGGAGCAAUCUAAAGAAAGCAGUGAGGAUGAUGAGGGGGAUGGGAAUCAUCAAAGUUCACCUCCACGGCUGACCAAACCACAAUCACUGGCCAUAAAAAGAAAGAGACCUUUCAUCUUGAAAAAGAAAAGGGGUCGUAAACGCAGAAGGGUUAAUAGUAGUGUCACAACAGAGACAAUUUCUGAAACCACAGAGGUGUUGAAUGAGCCCUUUGAUCACUCGGAUGAAGAGCGGCCCAUGCCACAGCUGGAACCUACUUGUGAGAUAGAUGGGGAAGAUGAUGACUUAAAGCCUGUGAUCAGAAAAGUAUUCCAGUAUCAACCUGGUAGGCAGAACCAGGUGGAAGAGGAGGACAAAGAGGAGAAAGACAAUCAUUAUAAAAAUGAUGUUCAGUGUGGAAACAACACAGAGGAUGUAGCUGUCUUGGAAGAAAGCACUAAAGACAAUCCUGAACCUUUGAGGUGUAAACAGGGCUGGCCCAAAGGAGUGAAGCGUGGUCCAUCUAAGUGGCGGCAGAACAAAGAAAGAAAGCCUGGUUUUAAACUUAAUUUAUACACCCCACCUGAGACUCCUAUGGAGCCUGACUACCAGGUAAUAGUAGAGGAACAGAAGCAAGUAUCUGAAGACAAGCCCUGCCAAGUUCCUGCUAUUGCAGAGGAGGAGAUUAAAGAGCCUGUUAAGAAUUUGCAGCCUCAAGAUGAGGUAAAAGAGCUGGAACCUGAGCUUCUAAACCCACCCAAUGAACCCUUUGAAAUCAUAGAAAAUGAUCUAAUGAAAGUAGAGGAAGAAGAAAAAAAUGUAGAGGAAGAUGUUGCCAGUGCAAAAAAUCAAGAUGACCCACAGAAGGAAAUGUGCGCUCAAAAAGAUGAGCCUGAGCAUUUGGAUGAUCAUGAAGAGGAGGAAGAAGAAGAGGAAGAACCAUCUCACAAUGAGGAUCAUGAUGCAGAUGAUGAAGAUGAUAGCCAUAUGGGUUCAACAGAAGUGGAGAAAGAGGAGUUACCAGGAGAAGCCUUCAAAGAAGUUCUAGACAACCAGGAGUCUUUUUUAGACUUAAAUGUACAAACUGGUAAUUCAAAUCAAGAGGACUUAAUGGACUGUGGUGUUGACCUUGCAGCUGAGUGUGAAGGUGACCAUAAAGAGCUUACUGAAGAUUCGGGGCCUGUACCUGAAUCUGAUGAUGAUCAUACAGAUAAUAAUCAGGACCAAAAGGAGAGUGAAGGGUUAAAUUCUGAUUUCAAGGAAGAAAGUACUGAAACCAUGGAGAUUGAUUCAGAGACAGUACAAGCAGUCCAGUCUCUAACCCAGGAAACAAGUGAACAGGAAGAUGCAUUUCAGGACUGUUCAGAGACGCAAGAGGCAUGUAGAAGCCUGCAGAAUUAUACUCAUACUGAUCAAAGUCCACAAAUGACCACACUGGAUGAUUGCCAACAAUCUGACCACAGUAGCCCAGUCUCAUCUGUCCAUUCUCAUCCUAGCCAGUCAGUUCGUUCUGUUAAUAGUCCAAACGUUCCUCCAUUAGAGAACAGUUAUGCUCAAAUCAGCCCAGAUCAAAGUGCCAUCUCUGUGCCAUCUUUACAGAACAUGGAGACCAGCCCAAUGAUGGAUGUCCCAUCAGUUUCUGAUCAUUCACAACAAGUUGUGGAUAGUGGGUUUAGUGAUCUAGGAAGCAUCGAGAGCACAACGGAAAACUAUGAAAACCCAAGCAGUUAUGAUUCUACAAUGGGAAGUAGCAUCUGUGGAAACAACUCUUCCCAAAACAGUUGCUCGUAUAGCAACCUUACAUCUAGUAACCUAACACAGAGUAGCUGUGCCGUGACGCAGCAAAUGUCUAAUAUUAAUGGAAGCUGCAGUAUGAUGCAACAAACCAACAUCAAUUCUCCUCCUACCUGUAAUGUAAAAUCUCCUCAAGGCUGUGUUGUUGAAAGGCCACCGAGCAGCAACCAACAGUUAUCUCAGUGCAGCAUGGCUGCUAAUUUUACACCACCUAUGCAGUUAACUGAAAUCCCAGAGACUGGCAAUGCCAACAUUGGCCUAUAUGAAAGAAUGGGUCAGAGUGAAUUUGGAGCAGGGCAUUACCCACAGCCAUCUGCUACCUUUAGCCUUGCCAAACUGCAACAGUUAACUAACACACUUAUGGAUCAUUCAUUGCCUUACAGCCAUUCAGCUGCUGUAACUUCCUAUGCAAACAGUGCCUCUUUGUCCACACCCUUAAGUAACACAGGGCUUGUUCAGCUUUCUCAGUCUCCACACACUGUUCCUGGAGGACCCCAAGCACAGGCUACUAUGACCCCACCCCCUAAUCUUACUCCACCUCCCAUGAAUUUGCCUCCUCCCCUUUUGCAGCGUAACAUGGCAGCAUCAAAUAUUGGAAUAUCCCAUACCCAAAGACUGCAAACUCAGAUGGCUGGCAAAGGCCAUGUGUCUGUGAGAACCAAAUCAGCCCCUCUGCCCCCAGCGGCAGCAGCCCAUCAGUCACAAAUCUAUGGGCGUGCUUCACAGACUGUGGCUAUGCAAGGACCCGCACGGACCUUAACGAUGCAACGUGGUAUGAAUAUGAGUGUAAAUUUGAUGCCAGCCCCCGCUUAUAAUGUCAAUUCAGUGAACAUGAAUAUGAACACCCUUAAUGCUAUGAAUGGAUAUAGUAUGUCCCAGCCCAUGAUGAACAGCGGAUAUCAUAGUAACCAUGGAUAUAUGAAUCAAACACCCCAGUACCCUAUGCAGAUGCAGAUGGGAAUGAUGGGAACUCAGCCAUAUGCACAGCAACCAAUGCAGACAACACCACACAGUAACAUGAUGUACACUCCUCCAGGGCAUCAUGGCUACAUGAAUACUGGCAUGUCUAAACAGUCUCUUAAUGGAUCCUACAUGAGAAGGUAGGCUCUUUGGAGAGUCAGAUUACCAAACUGGCGUAUUGGAUUGAUCUGCACAAAUAGGAGAGUACGAUUUCAAAACCAGCAAUUGGUGUGAAUGCAAAAACAUUUGUUGGCACCAUGUUAAAAGCUGUAUGCAGCAGAAAGCCUUAUACAAGUUUGUUUUUUCUUUUUCUUUUUUCUUUUCUUGUUUUGGGGGGGGGUACCUCUCUUUGUUGUUGAUUUUGUUUUAGGGGGAUGGGAUUGGGUUUUUUUUGUUUUGUUUUGUUUGUUUUUUUUAAUUUUAACUGAAGUUCUCUGGAAAGGAAGAAUUCUUUAUACGAACUGCAAUUACACAGCAGCCAAUGGUUCAGAGCCAUUUUAUGUGCCUGCUCCCAUUAAAAAUGUGGAUACAUAGACUCCAAAACUUAGUACUGGACCCUGAGAUUUCUCUCCACUUUCCCCCACAUGUAAAUGCCUUUUAGCAUUUCAUUUAUUGUACAUUUUGUUUCUUAAGGUGACACUUCCGCAUGCCGCUAAUGUCUUUGUUAGUGACAGUGCAUUUUGUAGUACUGUACAAGUGUUGUGCUUAACAGUAAGCCAUUUCUUAAGUUUUUUGCCUUGAUUAGGUUACCCUAAUUUGAGGGUAAAAAAACAAAACUAUAUUUUUGUUAAUUAUAAAACUUGUAAAAAUAAAAAAAACUGUAAAAGCUAUUCACAUUUUUGUUAGUUCAAAGGGUUUUAUUGCUAAAUGUUUGGUGUAAAGUUGAGACUCUUUUCCAUUUUUGGUGACCGACUUCUGUUGUUUUUUUUGG